AUGAAAGAGACAGUGCCUCAAACUAUUCCACAGAAGAUCAAGGAAAUUCAAUUCGGACUCUUCUCUGCUCAGGAUGUUGUUGGCAUGUCCGAGUUCGAGUUCUUUCAAAGGGACAUGUACACUUUUCCGGACAGACAACCUGUUGCACAUGGACCGUUGGAUCGUCGUUUAGGUGUCACUGACAAAGGGUCACGAUGCGAAACCUGUGGAGAAGGAAAUGCCACAUGCGUGGGCCAUUAUGCAUACAUUAAACUCACGCUUCCUGUUUUCCAUCCGGGCUACUUCAAGCAUGUCAUCACAAUACUUCAGGACAUAUGCAAAACUUGCGCUAGAGUACUGCUGGACGAGGGCGAUCGGCGGAGGUAUCUUAAACGUUUCCGCUCUCCCAACCUUGAGAAUCUUACUCGUCAGAUAAACGCAAAAGCUGUCAAUCUGGCAUGCCGUAAAGUGGUUUACUGUCCUUACUGUUUUGCUACGAAUGGUACUGUGAAGAAAGCUCCUGGAGCAAUCUUGAAGAUAGUACACGAAAAAUUCAGGGCCAAGCGGACCCAAGAGGAGUAUGCAGAAUGGAAGAACACGUUCAAAUCGGCCAUUGGAGAGAGCAGGGAACUCGAGGGCAUGCUAGGCAAAGCUCACGAAGACCUAAAUCCUUUAAGAGUCCUUGACCUGUUCAAGAGAAUCAGCGCGGAGGAUUGCGAACUUCUAGGCUUACGGCCAGAUCAUGGGCGACCGGAAGAGUUCAUUUGGCAAUAUCUCUCUGUGCCUCCGGUUUGUAUACGUCCAUCGGUGCAACAGGACGGGGCAAGCAAUGAAGACGAUAUUUCAGUUAAACUUCAAGAGAUGGCUACUUGCUGUGCGGUUAUAAAGCUGAAUCUCUUCAAAGGCGGAAGUACUUCUCUCAUAAUGCAAGCAUGGGAAGCCCUCCAACUGACAGUCGCUAUGUACGUUCAUAGUGAACUUCCGGGGCUUCAGGCAGUCAGUGGCUCAAAACCUGUUCGGGGUUUCUGCCAGCGGCUGAAGGGGAAGCAAGGUCGCUUUCGAGGGAAUCUUUCUGGGAAGCGAGUGGAUUUUUCGGGGCGCACUGUCAUUUCUCCCGACCCUAACCUGCGCAUCGAUGAGGUUGCUGUGCCGGAGCGGGUUGCCAAAAUUCUCACUUACCCUGAGAGGGUCACUCUUCACAACUUCAAUCAGCUUAAACAGGCGGUCACAAAUGGUGUAGAUGUCCACCCCGGCGCGAACUACAUCAUUUCAGCCAACGAUGGUUUCAAAAAGUAUCUCAAGUUUGGCUCACGGAUUCAAGCGGCCGAGAAUCUCAAAAUUGGUGACACUGUAGAGCGACACAUAGUUGAUGGAGAUAUUGUUUUGUUUAACCGACAACCCAGCUUACACAAACUGUCUAUCAUGUGUCACAGAGUUAAAGUUCGUCCUUGGAGGACAUUCAGGUUGAACGAGUGUGUGUGCAAUCCCUAUAAUGCUGAUUUCGAUGGAGAUGAAAUGAAUCUCCAUGUGCCGCAAACUGAAGAAGCAAGAACGGAAGCUCUGACCCUCAUGGGUGUUAAAGAAAACCUCGUAACGCCACGUAAUGGGGAACCGGUCAUAUCUGCCAUCCAGGAUUUUAUUACGGCUUCUUUCCUUCUUUCGAGCAAGGAUCGUUUCUACAGUCGCCGGCAGUUCACACAAAUCUGUUCCUAUCUCGUAGACGCCGGCGUUUCCAUAGAUAUACCACCGCCUGCAAUCCUGAAGCCUGCCCGAUUAUGGACAGGAAAGCAGGUUUUUAGCUGUCUUAUGCGGCCCAACAAGAGCUCUAAAAUACUUAUCAACGCUGAAUCUAAAUGCACCACCCUGCACAAACCGGAUCCACGCUUCUGGCCAUCAGGGAUGAAGUUAGCUCCUGACCUAUCCCCCAAUGACGGCUGGCUUGUCAUCGUGAACAGCGAGAUCAUGUGUGGUGUCAUGGACAAAGCAACAAUCGGAGCCGGGAAGAAGAAGUCAGUUUUCGGGGUGAUGUUGAGAGAUUAUGGCCCUGAUGCUGCCGCUACAGCCAUGAGUAGGCUAGCCAAAUUGUGUGCUAGAUGGCUUGCGAAUUUUGGUUUCUCGCUUGGUAUUAACGACGUCAUUCCGGGACAUAAUUUGCGCAACCAAAAGGACAAGCUUGUGGAAGCUGCGUAUGAGACAUGCAGGUCCCUCAUUGAGAAGGCGAAAUUAGGGAAGCUUGUCAACAGACCGGGGUGCAAUCAAGAACAAACGCUCGAAGCUGAAAUUUCUCAAGUUUUGUCGAAAGUACGCGAUGACGUAGGUAAAGUGUGUAUGCAGGAGUUAAGCAGACACAAUGCUCCCCUCAUCAUGGCAACCUGUGGUUCCAAGGGAUCAACUAUCAACGUUUCUCAAAUGGUAGCCUGUGUAGGACAACAAAUCAUUGCUGGCCACCGUGUUCCCGAUGGCUUCCAAGAUCGAUCCUUGCCCCACUUUUUGAAAAAGUCUAAGGAUCCCCCAGCAAAGGGUUUUGUCAGGAAUAGCUUCUACUCGGGAUUGACGCCCACGGAGUUCCUCUUUCACGCAAUCUCCGGUCGCGAAGGUCUGGUUGAUACAGCAGUCAAAACCGCAGAAACCGGUUAUAUGCAGCGUCGCCUCAUGAAGGCACUUGAGGAUUUGUCUACACGCUAUGACUUGUCUGUUCGAAACUCGGUGGGAGGAGUUGUCCAAUUUCGCUACGGGGACGAUGGACUCGAUCCUGCGUGUCUAGAGGGUGAUGCGCAGCCAAUAGAAUUCUUCCGGGCUUGGACACAUGCAUUGACCAGCACUGGACGAAAUGGACGGGCGCUGAUGCCCUUCGAGAUCUUAUCUAUUGUAGAUGUAGAGCUUUCAAAGCCGAAGUUCAGGUCAGAAUGUACUGCGGCAUAUAUUGCUACUGUUCGUUCCUUCAUUCUGGAUAACGUUGUUCGCCGUCUGGUGCGCUAUCGCCAGAUACACGGGAUGUUCGAUGCUGAAGAGAUGCCGAAUGACUGGGAUGAACAGAUGGAUUUAGACAUGGGCGCUUCUCCUGCUCAAAAACUGAUUGUUGAUAAUAUGUCCAAAGUCACCGAGGCUCAGCUUCGGAAUUUCUUGCAGAUAGCCCUUGUCAAAUAUAUCAAAGCCAAAAUUGAGCCUGGGUCCACGGUUGGCGCCGUCGGAGCUCAAUCAAUUGGCGAACCUGGUACGCAAAUGACUCUUAAAACCUUCCAUUUUGCUGGAGUUGCUUCAAUGAACGUAACCUUGGGCGUUCCACGCAUCAAGGAGAUCAUCAAUGCUUCAAAGAACAUUAGUACUCCUAUUAUUACUGCCAGGCUCGUCUCUCCCAAGAGUGAAACUUCUGCACGUAUUGUCAAAGGUCGAUUGGAGAAGACAUAUCUUGGUGACGUUGCCAGCGUCCUGGAAGAAACUUGGACAGCUAAUGGCUCUUAUAUUUCUAUUCACAUUGACAUGGACGCCAUUCGGAAGCUACAGCUGGAACUUACUCCGGAUGACAUCAGAGAUGCAAUAGUGGAUGCAAAAAAAUUGAAGGUCAAAAUAGGGGCAGUCGAAGUGGAUCAGAAAAAACGCCGAAUCAAAGUGUUUAUGUCAGGAGAUGCUCAGUACUAUCAACUCCGGACACUGCAGCGAGCUCUGCCUGGCGUUGUUGUGAAAGGAAUUCCAAGUAUUCAGCGUGCGAUAAUCAACGUGCGAAGCAAAUCUGGACCGGCGGGCAAUAAAGGAGACAAGGAGUUGCUGGUUGAGGGGUACGGCCUUCAGAAUGUGAUGACCACUGAGGGAAUCGUUGGAGAACACACUACGUCCAAUCACGUCAUAGAAGUGGAGAAAGUCCUCGGUAUUGAGGCCGCACGCCGUGCUGUCAUAAACGAGAUACAGUUUACCAUGUCAGAGCACGGCAUGAGCAUAGAUCCUCGGCAUGUCAUGUUACUUGGGGAUGUCAUGACCUAUAAGGGUCAAGUUCUCGGAAUCACUCGAUUUGGGGUCGCGAAGAUGAAAGAUAGCGUCCUCAUGCUGGCAUCUUUUGAGAAGACCACAGACCAUCUUUUUGACGCAUCCGCUUAUGGAAAGAGCGAUCGCAUUGCAGGGGUUUCGGAGAGCAUAAUCGUGGGCAACCCAGCAACGGAGUGUGGGACUGGAAUGCCGUCUGUCAUGUCGGAAGCGCCAAAACUGAGGCCUCCCCGUAAAUUGUUGUUUGAGUCAUUCUUAGGCAGGACUCCAGCCUCUAUUAAGGUGUAAAUAUUAUCAUUUUUUCUUUCAUGGACACCAGUUUCC